CUGUAUUGUUCUUCUCCAGUGCACUAGGCGGCGCUAACGCUGCGUAACUUGCGGGGGAGGACAAGCGGCGGCACUCAGCGAACAAGACACGAUACAGAGCGGCAGAGACAACGCAGCAGCCAUGGCAGACGAGAAACCCACGGAGGGAGUGAAGACGGAGAACAGCGAGCACAUCAACCUGAAGGUGGCGGGCCAGGACGGCUCUGUGGUGCAGUUCAAGAUCAAGAGGCACACCCCACUCAACAAACUGAUGAAAGCUUAUUGCGAACGGCAGGGAUUAUCAAUGAGGCAGAUACGAUUUCGGUUUGACGGCCAGCCGAUCAAUGAAAUGGACACUCCGUUGAAGUUGGAAAUGGAGGACGAAGACACGAUCGACGUGUUCCAGCAGCAAACCGGAGGAUGUUUUCCUUAAAGACUGUUUCCUGUGUCUAUCUCUACCUCCCUUUCCGUGUCCUUGAGCGUCCUCAUUCUGACCCGGUUUUCGUCGUGCAUAUGCUACCAGCCAGUGGAACUCGUGUCACGCAGCAAGCAAGCAAACAAGCAGCAGUUGUUGUAGUUUCUUACACAAAUGUUAACUUGUUCUUUCAGCAGUUGUGGGGGGCAAAAUGUACUGUCCUUAGUUUUUAUACUUCCAUCAUUGAUGGUUUCAGGUGGAGUUUUUGGUAUUCAUAAAGCAAGCAACUCUGCAAUUUGAAUCCUCUCCGUUAGGAAAAUGUAUAAUUGGAAUAAAUGGAGUCUUUUUUUUUUUUUUUUUUCCUUCAAACGC